AUGUCUUUCCCGACAAAACCCAUCGCACGAUUGACUGGCCAUGCCGGCAUCGUUCAUGCCGUCGCCUACUCCUCCGGCUCUCAAACCUACAUUCUCACCGGCGCCUCCGACCGCACCAUCCGUCUUUACAAUCCAUCCAAAGCGCCGCCUGGCUCAACCGCUCCUACCACGUCCUCACAACCGCCCCCGGGUCUCGUGAACAAAUAUACCGCGCACGGCUAUGAAGUCCUCAGCAUUGACGUCAACUCGGCCAACGACAAGUUUGUGAGCACAGGCGGCGACAAAACAGUCUUCCUCUGGGACGUGCAGACGGCGCAGACGGUGCGCCGUUGGACUGGCCAUGCUGGGCGUGUGAACCGUGGCGUUUUCGGAGGCGAGGCCGACAGCAUCAUAGCGACGGCGUCAUUUGAUGGGACAGUCAGAAUCUGGGAUACCAAGUCCAACGCGUACAAGCCCAUCAUGACACUUUCAGACGCCAAAGACAGUAUCUCUGAUGUUGCCAUACACGACGCGGAUAUACUAGCUGCGAGCGUCGACGGUCGCGUCAGGAAUUAUGAUCUCAGAAUGGGCAUGUGUCAGGUUGAUGUUGUGGGGCCGAGUUGCACGAGUCUGGCUGUCAGUAAAAAGGGUACUGAGGUUCUGGUCGGAUCCCUGGAUUCUACUGUGAGGCUCAUGGACCGGACGAAUGGGCAACUACUCAAAACCUACAAGGAUGACGCCUUCGUGAACAAGCAUCUGAGAGUCAGGAGCACGCUAGGCCUGAACGAUAGCGUAGUAAUUAGUGGAAGUGACGACGGCAUCGUGUUUGCGUGGGAUAUGCUCGAGGGAACGUGUUUGUACAAGUUUAAGCAUUCCGAGAUGAGGGAAGUAAGAGGUGCAGCGCCCGUUAUACCAACAAAGCCAAACAAGGACGUCGUGUCUGCUGUGGCCUUCUGUAAAACAAGGAGGGAGUGGUGUAGUGGUGGUGGCGAUGGCAAUGUCAUCGUUUGGGGCAUGGGAAGCUGA